AUGGUUGUAACUGAUGGUGAAGAUUGUGAUGAUGGUAAUACAACAAGAUUUGAUGGAUGCAAUAAUUGUAAAUAUGAGUGUUAAAAGGAAUGUUCAAUUUGUGUAAAUGGAGGAUGUUCAGUAUGUUCUACUGGAUAUGUCUUGAAUUCAGCUAUGAAAUGGUGUAUUCCUUUAUGUGGAGAUAAUAUAAUAACAGGUUCUGAAUAAUGUGACAAUACUUACAAUUAUCCAAUCAGAUAUUGCUAUAAUUGUUAAUUACAAUGUUAAACUCAAUGUUUAGAUUGUUAAUAAGGAUUGUGUUAUGAUUGUGAUACUACUUUAGGAUAUUAUGUGAAUUUGAGUAAUUUAAGAUGUGAAACUUAAUGUGGAGAUGGAAUUUAAACAGGAGUUGAAGAAUGUGAUGAUGGCAAUAUUACUCCUUAUGAUGGAUGUUAUAAUUGUUAAUUCUAAUGCGAUUAAUUUUGUAAUAUUUGUUUGUUUUCUACCUGUAUUAAAUGUUAAACAGGUUAUCAAUUAUAUAGUAAAACUAAUCAAUGUAUACCAAUAUGUGGAGACAAAUAUGUAACAUUUUUUGAAUCUUGUGAUGAUGGUAAUUUGAUUAAAACUGAUGGUUGUAAUUAGUGUUAAUUCUAAUGUUAGGAUGAAUGCACAAAUUGUGUAUUAGGUUAAUGUUAUGAAUGUAAUACACCAGGUUUUAUAUUAAAUUAAAAAUUAUUAAAAUGUGUUCCUAUAUGUGGAGAUGGAAUAAUAACAUAAUUUUAAGAAUAAUGUGAUGAUCUAAAUUCUGUAUUUGAAGAUGGUUGUUAUCAAUGUAGAUAUGAAUGUUAGAUUGAAUGUGCAGUUUGUGCUACAGGGAUAUGUUAUUCAUGUUAAACAAAUUAUUAUUUAGAUUCAAAUAAUUAUUGUGUUCCUCUUUGUGGAAAUGGAAUUGUUACAAAAAAUGAAUAAUGUGAUGACAAUAAUACACUUGCAGAUGAUGGAUGUGAUUCAUGUAUUUUCAAAUGUGAUAUAAAUUGUGAUUAAUGUAUCUUUGGAGUUUGCAAAAAAUGUAUAACUGGUUACAAUUUAAAUUAUAAUUAAAAAAAAUGUACUUCAAUAUGUGGAGAUGGAAUCAUCACAAAAGAUGAAUAAUGUGAUAAUAUCUAAACUGAAGAAUUUGAUACUGAAUUAGAAUGUAUAAACUGUUAAUUAUAAUGUCAAUAAGAAUGUGAAUUUUGUGUAUUAGGAUAGUGUUAGAGAUGUAAAGAAUCUAACGGAUAUUAUUUAGAUUCAGAAACUGGGAUAUGUGUUAGUAUUUGUGGGGAUGCUAUUGUAAGUUAAAAUGAAUAAUGUGAAGAUUAGAACUCAUAAUUAUUUGAUGGUUGUCAAUAGUGUUUAUAAGUUUGUGAUGAAGAAUGUAUUGAUUGCAGAUUUGGAAUUUGCUUCAGUUGUAAUAAUGGUUAUUAAUUAAUCAACUAAAAAUGUAUCUCAAUAUGUGGAGAUGGAAUUGUGACCAAAGAUGAAGAAUGUGAUAAUGGUGUAGAUAGAUUUAAAAUGGAUGGAUGUAUCAAUUGUAAAUUUGAAUGUUAUGAGGGUUGUAAUUAAUGUGUUAAAGGACAGUGUUUAGAAUGUAAAAAUGAUAAGGGAUGGUAUAUGAAUUAACUAGAUUAAUAAUGUAAUUCAGAAUGUGGAGAUCUAAUUGUAACUAAUUUGGAAAUGUGUGAUGAGAAUUCAAAUUUAUGUGAUUCAUGUUUAUUAGUUUGUGAUGAAAAUUGUAUAUAAUGUACAUUAGGUAAAUGUUAAAAAUGUUAAAAUGGAUAUUAUCUUGAUUAGAAUAUAUGUACCAGUUAGUGUGGAGAUCUAAUUUAAACUAAAAAUGAAUAAUGUGAUACUGAUGAUCUUAUUCCAUUUGAUGGUUGUUAUUUAUGUGAAUACUAAUGUUAAAAUUAAUGUAUCACUUGCUUUAAUGGAGGAUGUAUAGAAUGUGAUGAGAUAAAUGGUUGGUAUUUAGAGAAUGAAUAAUGUAAAACUAUAUGUGGAGAUGGAAUCAAAACUGGCAAUGAAGAAUGUGAUAUAGAUAUAAAUAUAGAUUAAGGGAACAUAUCAUUAAAUAAAUGUUUUGAUUGCAAGAUACUUUGUGUAGAAUAUUGCAAACUUUGUGAUAAAGGUAAAUGUACUUAAUGUAUUGAUGGUUAUGAAUUAAAUGAUUAGAAUGAAUGCAUUUAAUUAUGUGAUAAUUAAUAAUCACAUUUAAAAUAAUGUGAUGAUGAUAAUUUAGAUCCUUUUGAUGGAUGUUUUUAAUGUAAUUAUGAAUGUGAGGAUUUAUGUUAAAGUUGUGUUAAAGGAGUUUGUUUAUCUUGUAAAACUGGCUAUAAAAUUAAUAAAAAUGGAUAAUGUGAAUCAGUAUGUGGAGAUGGUUAAAUAACUGAGGUAGAAUUUUGUGAUGAUGCUAAUAACAUUGAAUUUGAUGGAUGUUAUUAAUGUAAAUAUUCAUGUCCUUAAUAUUGUCAGACUUGUGAGAAAGGACAAUGCAAGGUUUGUGAAAAAGGAUACCAUCUAGAAUAUUUAAAUUGUAUUACUGAUUGUACAGACUUAAUUCUUUAAUAAAGUGAACCAAAAUGUCAAAUUUUAUAAUGUUAAAAUGAAUGUGAAGUUUGUGUAAAUGGAUAGUGUUAUAAAUGUAAGUAAGGAUGGUAUUGGAAUAAAAUGAAAUUAAAUUGUGAAAGUUUAUGUGGUGAUAAUUAAAUAAUUGGUGAAGAAUAAUGUGAUUAUACAUCUAAAUUAGGUUAAAUUAAUCCUAAAUGUAAUAAUUGUUGUAAAUUUGAAUGUCCUGAUGAUUGUUUAUAGUGUGAAUUUGGAGUUUGUAAGAAAUGUUAAGUAGGAUACUUUCUAAGAGGUAACAUAUGUUAUAGUUAAUGUGGAGAUUUGCUGAUUAAUAAAAAUGAAUAAUGUGAAGAUAAUAAUUUAUCACCCUUUGAUGGAUGUUAUUAAUGUUCUUUAGAUUGUUAGGUUUAAUGUCAAAUAUGUAUUUAAGGAACAUGUGAAAAAUGUUAGAUUGGUUAUGAAUUAAUAGAAAAUAAUUGUUUACCAAUAUGUGGAGAUGGAAUAGUGACUUAAGAUGAGUAUUGUGAUGAUAAAUUUGAUAGUUCAUUGAGUUGUGAAUAAUGUAAAUUUUCAUGUGAUAAAAAUUGUUAAUUUUGUUAAUAUGGAAGAUGUAUAUUUUGUAAAAAAGGAUUUGAAUUAAAGAAUAACUAUUGUUAACCUAUUUGUGGAGAUGGGUUGAUUUCUGGUUACGAAUAAUGUGAUGAUGAAAACUUUUUAGCAGAAGAUGGAUGUUUUGAAUGUAGAUAUUCAUGUUAACAUUAAUGUUUAAAUUGUUAUAAUGGAUAUUGUUUGGAAUGUGAUGUAGAUAAUGGUUGGUAACUUACUCCAUAAGGAUAAUGUAUAUCAGUUUGUGGAGAUUUAAAAGUAACAGGCAAUGAAUAAUGUGAUGAUGGUAAUGAAAUUAAUUUUGAUGGAUGUUUUAAUUGUUCAUAUAUUUGUUAAGUAGCAUGUACAAAGUGUUUAUCAGGAUCUUGUUAUGAAUGUAAUACACCUGGUUGGAGAUUGGAGAAUUUUUUCUGUUGGGAAAUCUGUGGAGAUGGAUUACAAGUUGGAAUAGAAGAAUGUGAUGAUGGUAAUGAUAUACCUUAUGAUGGAUGUUUUGAAUGCAAAUCUUAAUGUGAAGAAGCAUGUGUUUUAUGUGAAGCUGGAAAAUGUUUAGACUGUGCUUUUGGUUGGAAAUUAAAUGCCUAAAAUAGAUGUGAAACAUAUUGUGGAGAUGGUUAUGUUAUCCCUUAAUAUGAAGAUUGUGAUGAUGGUAACCUCAUACCUUAUGAUGGUUGUUAUGAAUGCAAUUAUUAAUGUGUAUAAUUUUGUACAAACUGUCAAAAAGGCAUUUGUUAUGAAUGUAAUGUUCCUGGAUGGUAGAUUUUAGAAUUUUAAUGUAUUCCAAUUUGUGGAGAUGGAGUCAUCAAUGGUAAUGAACAAUGUGAUGAUGGUAAUUUAAUUGAAGCAGAUGGAUGCAAUAAUAAAUGUGAAUUUUAAUGUCAUGCAGCUUGUUUGUUAUGUGAAAAGGGUAUUUGUUUGGAAUGUGAUGCAUAUUAAGGAUUUUCUGAAUAUUUAAAUUAAUGUGCUUCUAAAUGUGGUGAUGGAUUAUGGGAACCAUUAACAGAAUAAUGUGAUGAUGCUAAUAAUAUUGAUUUUGAUGGAUGUUCUAAAGAUUGUAAAAUAGAAAUAGAUUGGUUUUGUUAAAAUCUUUAAUUACUUGUUAGUAAUUGUUUUUAUGAGAAAUAGCCUACUAUUUAACUAGAUCUUAUUGAUUAAUAAGAUAAUAUAUCAACUAUUUAAAUUUCAUUUUCUACUAAAAUGAUGCUUAGUACUAAUAAUGAAUCUUCUAAAAUAUUCUUGGAAAAUUAAAUUGAAGAUGAAAUUAUUAAUACUAAAAACAUCAAUGUCAAUUUAAUUGAUUUAAAAAUAGAAGAUCUAAGUGAAAAUUACUAUUCAUAUACUAUUAAUUCAAUUACACCUAUAAAUUAUGAACCAACUCUUGCUAUUUAUCUUGCCUAAAUUGAACUCAAAACUACUAUUCCAUCUGAUAAAAUUAAUGUAAUAUUUAUAGUCAAUAAUAAAAUUAUUGUUUCUGAAAACAAAACAAAAUUAAUUAAAAAUGUAGAAUCAAUUUAAAUACCUACAUAAAUUUAUAUCAGCUAAUCUACUGAAAAAGUUAUAAAAACAUUCACAGAAUUUUAAACUUUUUAAUCAUAUUCAUUUUUGACUAUAUCAUUAAUUAGUGUAUUUACAAGUGGUUAUUCAAAUUUCUAUAUGGCAUGUGAUACUUUAUAGUAUCUCUACUAUUCCAGAUAUAUUAACUUACCUUUCCCUGAUAAUUUAUAAUAAUAUCUGAAUAGUCUUAAAGAAUCCCAACUAUCUAAUAUUGCAACUAAAAAAUUGGGUAUAUCUGUAAUGAAAUUUGAUGAUAAUUAAAACACUAAUACAGAGAAUGAUUAAAUGCCUCAAAGUUUUUCAAAGGAUUAUCUAACUUAUGAUUUUUUAAAUAAUGCAUCCACUAGUUUAACAAUCUUUUCAAUUAGUUUUGCUGUCUAUUAUUCAUCACUCAUCAUUUCUAAGAUAUUACAUCACAUUACUCCAUCUACUCUUAAUAGUUUAGGCUCUAUUGUAGGAGGGUCAAUCCUUACUGUUAGAUAGAAAUGUACAAAAUUUGUUAAUAAUUUUGCAUUUUCUGGAAUCAUCAGAGUAUUAACAAUUAAUUUUUACGAACUUGCAUUUUCAUCAUUACUCCAAUUAUCUCACAUUAAUUUUAAUGAUACUAAAAGUAUAAUGAAUAAUAUAGGAGCUAUUGUUACAUUACUAUCCUAGUUUGCAUUUAUUGGUGUUCUAUUUCAUAAAAUUCAAUAGAUUUAAACUAAAAAAACAACUGAUUUCAAAUCUUCGAUAAAAACGUUAUUUUAAUAACAAGAGGGGUUACAACAUCAAAAAAUGUGGGUUAUGCAAUAUAAUACAGUAUUAUUAGUAAAAAAAAUGUUCUAUAUUUAUGUAAUUGUAGGUAUGUAAUAAUCAGGUCUUUAUCAAACAAUUGCUGUUGCUUUAUAAGCAUCAGUUUUUUGUUCAUACUUACUAGUAUAAUAGCCUUUUUCUAAAAUUGAUGAUUUAAGAAAAGCUUUAGUUACAGAAUCUGGUAUGUUUUUAAAUAGUUUAUCCUUUAUUCUUUAUUCAGUUUACUAAUAAUUUUAAUUUAAUCAAGAAACAUUAUUUUAUUUAGGAUGGAUAAAUAUAGGAACAUACACUAUUAUUGUAAGUUCUAAUACAUUGAUAGAUUGUUAUGCUUAAUUUAAAAUAGUUUAUUCAAAGAUUAAGAAGGCAUUCAAUAAUUUUAUAUAAUCAUAACUACCCUCAUAAUCAAGAAUUUAGCCCAUCUUUAUAUGA